AUGGGAAAAUUAAGUGUUUGUUGUGCUGUUCUGGUCUUCUGCUUGACCGUUGUAUCAGCAAGUUACCCCUGGUAUGGAGGCUGGGGUGACGACGGAUGGGGAUCUGACGAUGGUGGCUAUUUCCCCGGUAGAUUCGGUGGCAUGAAUUCAUAUUGGAUGCCAGGUAUGGCCAGCGGAUACGGAAACAUGGGAGGAUGGGGAGGCCCUGGAGGGUACAGCUAUGGUUACAAUAUGCCCAUGUCAUACGGAGGCUGGGGUUGCGGAGGAUGGAUGGGAGAUGACUACUGUGGAUAUGAUGGCUGA